AUGUCCAAUAUGUAUAUUGGCCAACUUCCUAUAACCCGGCUUGUCAAUGAUCUUAUCAAAGCCAAUGAAAGUCGUGCUCAACAACCGUUCAUUAUCGUUGUUACACAUAGACCUUUAUUAUGUUCAGAUGGAUCUGAACUUCAACAACAUCUCCCAAAUUCAACUUUGUUUAAAACAGUUUAUCCACUAUUCGUUAAAUAUCAAGUACAAUUGAUUAUUACAGGUCAUAUACAUGUCUAUGAACGAAUAUUCUUUGAUAAUACAACAACUAUCACUAACAAUACAUAUAUAAACGUUCGUUCACCUGUCAUUAUAGUCCAAGGAACUUGGUGGAGCAUUCGAUAA